AUGGAUUCGCCACCACCACCCAAGAAUCAGCAACUAGUCCACUUCGUCCUGUUCCCAUUCAUGGCGCAGGGCCACAUGAUCCCCAUGGUCGACAUCGCCAAGCUCCUAGCCUCCCGCCCGGGAGUCGUCGUCACAAUCGUCACCACCCCGGUCAACGCCGCCCGGUUCAGACCCUCAAUCGACCGUGCGGUCAACGAAUCCCACCUCCCAAUCACCAUGAUCCCCCUCCGCUUCCCCGCCGCCGAGGCAGGGCUCCCGGAGAACUGCGACAUGCUGCCUUCCAUCUCUUCCAUGCUCGACAUCUGCAGGGCCGCCGCGCUGAUGGAGCCCGAGGCCCAAUCCCUCUUCGAAACGAUGCGACCGCGCCCCAGCUGCAUCAUCGCCGACGUCACGCUGCCGUACACCAACAGGAUCGCGAGGAGGUUCGGCGUCCCGCGGAUCAACUUCAACGGGUCCAGCUGCUUCAACCACCUCUGCAUCCGCUGCAUCAUGAUUCACUCGGAGGAGGUGGGUCGUUGGGGCGACGACGACGAGUACUUCGUCCUCCCGGGGUUCCCGGGAGGGGUCCGAUUCACCGGGGCGCAGCUACCGAUGCGACCCGGGAAUCGGUGGGACGGGGUGCAGGAGGAGACGGAGGAGGAUAGUAUCGGGGCGGACAUGGUGGCGGCCUUGUCGGAGGCACACGGGACGAUCAUGAACACGUUCGAGGAGCUGGAGGCAGAGUAUCUGAAAGAAUGCAGGGGAGAGGAACAGGGGAGGAUAUGGGCCGUGGGGCCCGUUUCGCUCGUGAAUCGUUUCGAAACGGAUAAGUUGGAGAGAGGGAACUCGGCAUCGUUGUCGUCGUCGAAUGACCGAUGUAUAAGUUGGUUGGAUGGAAAGAGAUCGAAUUCGGUGAUUUACGUUUGUAUGGGCUCGCUGUGCAACCUGUCGUCGGCGCAGCUGAUCGAGCUGGCGCUGGGGCUGGAGGCGUCGGACCGAGGGUUUGUGUGGGCGGUUAGGGAGACGGAGAAGACCGGGGAGCUGUUCGAGUGGAUGGCGGAGGAAGGGUACGAGGAAAGGGUUUCGAGGAGAGGGACGGUGGUUCGAGGCUGGGCGCCUCAGGUUUUGAUCCUGUCACACCCUGCGAUCGGAGGGUUCCUCACGCACUGCGGGUGGAAUUCCUGUCUGGAAGGGAUCAGCGCCGGGGUUCCCGUGGUGACGUGGCCCUUGUUUGCGGAUCAGUUCUGCAACGAGAAGCUGAUCGUCGAGGUACUAAAAACUGGAGUGAAAGUUGGGGCGGAGCGUCCCAUUUUUUACGACGGGAAGGAAUUGACGGAGGUAGCUGUGAUGAGGGAGCAAGUUGAGAGGGCAGUGAGAUCGGUGAUGGAUGGUGGAGAUGAAGGUGAAGAGAGGAGGAAGAGAGCGAAGGAGCUCGCCGAAAUGGCGAAAACAACUAUGGAAAAUGGAGGAUCUUCUCAUAGAAAUGUUACCAUGUUGAUUGAGGAUAUCAUUGAACUACAAGAACAAAAGACAAUGUAA